ACUUUUCUUUUUUCUCUGGGGUGGAAGUGGAGAGUGAAAAAAACAGAGCAAAAAAUGGAGACUCGAUGCAGGUUUUGGCUUCCGAAAAAGAAGAGAUUUUGUGCCAAUGUCCCCCUCAACGAUUCUCUGUAAGCGCUCUCUCUCUCACUCCUCUCUAUCUCUCUCUAGAGAUGGUUUCUGAUUGGUAGGUUUUGCGGGAACCACAUGGAGAGGCCGGAUGGCGAGGGGGUUCCAUGCCCAAUUGACCCUUCUCACUGUGUACUUGGCGAAAAUCUGGAAGCACAUGUUAGGAGGUGCCCUUUACCCAAACAAGUGGAGUCUUUGACCCACCAACCCUUUUACCAAAAGGGUAUCAAUGCUGGCGAAGAAGAUGACCAUGAUGAAAUUGAAUCGUUGGGAGUCGAGGGGACCGGAGAUUUGGCAUUGUCUAAUGGUCCCGUGUUGGGAGCUGUGGAUAACAUUGUUUCGGAGAUGAAGAGGAAUGCUGUUUAUAAUAUGACUGUGCCUGAUUUGGCAUUGACUCUCCCAAACCCUGCAUAAAGCGGGAGCCUUGUGCACUGGACGACCUUUAGUUGAAAAAAUUGAGUCUGUUCAUGAAUCUUUGUGUAAGGAUAUUGGGGAGUCGUAUAAGGUGACGGAAGCUUGUGGGAUGUGGAUUAAACGAGAGGUAGAUAGGUAUGUAUGUACAAGCUGGUAUGUUUGGUUUGUUCUUGACGGGGGUUGUUUGAUUAUGUUAGAUUAAGUUGUUCUUUGCAGAAAAUUGCCAUUUCAAGAGAAACAUGUUAUGCAGCAGGUGUCAAUUCUUGGGAACUCGGAAGAUUUUGGGGGCAUUGAAGAAUUCGGAAGGAGGAGAGAGGGCUGACUUUGCUGAUGUGAAUGGUGUUCCUGCGGUGGUUGAGUUUGGAGCGGGGAGAGGAUGAUUGACACAAAUGCUAGCAGAUUGUUAUGGGAUCAAAAAGGUCUUUUUGGUUGAGAGGAAGGAAAUCGUACAAGUUGAAGUUCAUUUGUACCCAAGGUGGCCGCCAACGACCAUAAUCAAAUAAUGUUUGCACAGAUAGUAGAAUUCACGACACCAUUGAUAUUGAUUUGGUAAUGCUAAUUUUGUUUUCGAAUGAACAGGUACAAAAUGGGCGGGUGACGAUGAGGGGGUAUGAUGGGUAGGCCACUGGCUCUCUGUAGCAUAAGAAAGGAAAGGGAUCAGUGAGAGAGGGAAUUAGUGUUUUAAUUUAAGGAUAUUUUUGAAAUUUCACAAGGACAUAUGGAUAAACUUGUAAGAAAUAUAAAAUGUAGGCUAAAAUUCAUUUUGUGGUGCAAAAAGUGGCUGGUUAUCAAAAUUUCUCAAGGUUAGUUUGGUUGAGAGCAUCCUUUUCCUAAAUACACCACUCACGUGAUCAUAUCAGCUAGUCUCUACCGUAUAUAUAUUUCAAAAGAUAACAUUAAUGGAUUAAAUUAUUAAUUAUUAGAAGAGAG